GCGUCUGCGGAUCUCACCGCUCUCUCUGGGGAGCGCAGUUGGUCUCCCUUUCGGUUUUGUUUGGCAGUACUGUUCUGCUCCUAAGUCCUAGAAGACCAUGGACCGGCAUGUUCCUGUGCAUCCAUUACCAGAAGAAUUACAGAAGAUGUCCCGGGAUGAGACGGUCUGUAAAUACUGUGGAGUUAGCUAUUUGAUCCUUCAUGAGUUUAAAAUGCUAGAAGAGAAAGUCAAAGCGAUGGAAGAGAAGGUGAAGUUUUACGAGGGAAGUGUGGAACGGGAGAACCAGCUCCAAGAAAAGCUACAGCGCCUAGGUCAAGAUCUUGACCAGUGCACAGCAGCCUGUGAAUCAAAAACUGAAAGAAUAAAACAAUUACACCUGGAGCUGGAACAGAAGCAAGAUGCAAUACAAAAUCUACACAAACAGUUGAGGUGCUUCCAAAUAGAGAAAGAAGCUUCACAUAGGCAGGUACAACUGUUGAGGAAGACAGAGGAGCAGCAUCAGUCAGUCCUAACAAAAGCCUCUGCGCUUCUUCCCUUCAUCAGAGGAGAAUUGAAAGGUUUUAAAGCAGACCUGUUUGGCAGUCUCCACAAAUGGACAGCACUGAAAGGGCAGAUUUUUUUACAGCUCAAAAACGUGAAUACAACAGCACUGGCUGAAAUAUCCAGCUUGAACCAAAGCUUAGCCAAAUGCCAGAGAGAAAAUGUUCUCCUUCAAGAGGAGGUGAAGCAGUCACGGUUGAGGUCAGAGGUGGCUGAAGCAGAAAUCAAGCAGCUUCGAGCUUCUGUGCUGCAAGGGGGAGAAUUACAAAACCGAUGUCAUGAACUGCAAAAGAAAACACAAGAUUUAACAAGUCAAGUAGAGACAACGGAACGCAAAUUGCAGAAAGCAGCUGCUGAAAUGGGCUAUUAUAAAGAGCUAUUCACAAAGGCAUCAAAAGAAGGCCAGGACUAUCAAAGUGAACUCCAAAAACUGCAAUCUGAUAUUAGAAGAUCAGAAUCUCGAUUUACUAAUACUCUGAAAGAGCAAGAGCAGUCCUUAUUUGCCUGCCAAAAAGUAUGCAAACGUUUACAGGAAAAAGUGGUUGAGAAAGAAAGGGAAGAAGAGGGUCUGAGAAAAAGAACCAGCCACUUGGAGAGUGAACUGGAAACAAUUAAGAAUCAUCUCAGGCAGCGAGAGGAAGAAGUGGUAAUGCUUAAGCAAGAAAGGGAGUCCCAUCAGAACAGAAUGAAACAGCUACAGGAAACAUUAAGGCAGAAGGUGAUGAAGGAAAAGAACUGGCAGGAAAAGAUUGAAGCUGAUCGAGAAAAAGAACAAGCCCAUUACACGGAAGAGAUUCUGAGAAUCAAGGAAGACGCUGGAAUGGAAUUAGACAUCGAGAAACAAAAGCAUCAGGAACUGAUAGCAAAAUAUCAGAGAGAUCAGGAUGAGCUACUACACAAAAAGGUGCUGUUACAGAGUGCUGUUAAUAACCUGGAAAUGGAAAUGGGCACCCUUGGGAAGCAGCUCCAUGAAGCCCAGACCAAACUCUCAGAGAAAAACAACAAGGCAGGAGAGCGGCAAAGCCUUGAAAAGCGGCUGGCAGACCUUGAGAUCCAGCUGUCAGAAGAACAGAGUACCCAUCAUGCAGUCACAGAAGACAUGGCGGAAGAAAUAAAAAAGAAGUCCUAUGACCUGGAGAAACUGACCCAGGAGCAAACUCAGUUGAUCCAGAAAUUGAAUGAAGUUCAAGAAGAGAAUGCUCUUCUCCAAGACACAGUGCGCAGGGAGUGUGAGGAACGCUUUGAGCUCACUGAAGCUUUGACCCAGGCCAGAGAACAAGUAAUGGAGCUCAAGAAACUCAGUGGAAAUUUCCCAUUGCCACAGUGUUCUCUCAGUCAGGGCAACCUCACCUCCUCUGCUGGCUCGGUCAAUGGUCACAGUCAGAAAAGCUCAGACCGUGGGAGAGGAAGAACGCCCCCAGGGCUCUGUGGCAUUUCAAGAGCCACCAAAGUGCCAUCCUGCAGUUGGUACAAGAGCAGCAACGUGAGUGCACCUGGCCUUCCUGCACUGCAGCCAUCAAGAAGAAGAGUGUCUUCUCUAGAUGAAUCCAGGAGGAGGAUCGCAGCAACUAUAACAAGGCAGCUGAGUCAGCAAUGAUGCUUCAGGAACUCCACUCUGGUCAGCCAGAGGAGGGAGAAAAAAACCUGGAGCAGGUCUUUGGACGGGCCUUAUCAGGCAACUAUUACCAGGGAAACGUGGGGGUUUCUUUCCGGCAAUUAGCACACUUCUAGGACAGAACAUUUUUUUAAUACAGAUAACAUCAAAUUAAGCCAAAGGUCAUGUAAAAGAAAAUAGCUCAGAUGUUUGUAUUUUACAGUGCAAUCAUGAAUCAGCAUUUUGGUCAGCAGUGUUGGUGUCUUAAGUCUUGUUCUCUGGCGGAAGCAGACUUGACCCUGUAUAGGCUCUUCCCAUGGUUUUUCUUUACUUUUUUUAAAAAGGCUAAUUUGGCAGCUUCAGGCAGCUGCUCUGAAGACCAGGAAAAAGUCCAUGGAGAAAGAUACUGUUUAACCCGUUUCUCCCAGACAUCUUCUACAGUGUAGAACACCAUCCCCAAAAAGUUGAAAUGGGCUUUGGUGGAAAAAUA